UGUCGAUGGAAAGUGAUAGACCUGUGAGAUGAUUGAUAUAUCGCAGACAAUUUGUUCUAUAGUUGUGUUAACUCUAGAAGUACGGCUUCACUCUGCAAGAUGUAACACUAUCGAAAGACUGUCUUUUGCAAUUGGGGGGCUUGAGAGAUCUAAAUGAUGAAGAAAUUUUUCUCGUCGGGAGGUGGGAACGACCAUCAAAGUGGUUUUGUUGGCAAGACUUUGGUGGUGGGACGAUGUCAGUGCAUCGUCGAAGAAGUCAUCGCCGAAGGUAUUUGUUUCAGUUUUCUCUUUUUUAGACAUUUCUUGGCUGUUAAGUAAGUUGUGCAAUGAGUUUUGGCAAAGUAGAGUCAGUUGCCAGGAGCGAGUCUAUCCUUGAAGUAUUUUAAACUAUGACAGAUUAGUGAGCUUAACUGCCUUUGUUUUGGAUAAUAAUACUCACCUCGCAGCUCAUUUUACGUACACUUUCAUGAGCCGAUCCAUUAACUGUAAAACUUUAAAGAAUUUUGCUCCAGGGAGAAUUCGAUCGAACUAUUUUGUCAUGAAAAAGUCGACGCAAUUCUUUCAUCUGAAAAAAAAUUACUUCUCGUUUUUAAGUCGUUGGUUAUUUAAGCUUGAAAUGUAACAUUCCACCAUCACAUCCAACAGGUUUUGAAAACGAAAAAUUUCCACAUCACAUUACUUAAAAUAGAACCACGCUCUGGAUGUGUAUGAAAAUGUCAGGAUGAAGAUUUUUAUAACUCUCCUCCAAUACUCUCCUUCGCAUGAUUUAUUUGAUUUUCGCCACUUAAUUGGUCCAGAAUCACCGUUUACUACCUACCAUUAUAUAAUUAUACUGACAGUAAACAAUUGUGAAAUCAGUUUAGCGGAUAAGGGGAGGUCAACGAUAUAAAAUUAGUCAAGAUGGGUUUAACAAUUUGGGGUUAGAACUUUGGAGAUAAAAUUGAGCAAAAUGAUAUUCGAAUGGCAAGAUUUUGGGUACAAGAUAAAAAAUGUGUUGCACAGUGUAGAAAAUGCAACGAUAGAGCACAAACCCACAAAAUAAUUGGUGCUCCCAUUAACAUUGGAAAAGUGGAAAAAGUCUUCAGUGUGAUCAUGACUCGGAUAGUGACAGCAUAGUGAUAAUCAUAGUUUAUAAAUUAACCCAGAGAACAAUUUUUAAUUUUGAUUGCCAUUUUGUUGGGAAAACAAAGAAUAAAUUGCUCAUGUUUACUUAUUGCCUUUUUCUUUUUUCUAGGAGGAUUUUCCUUGGUGUUCCUUGUGAGAGUUCCCAGUGGAAAGAAACAUGCUCUCAAACGGAUCUCAGUCAACAAUAAGCAUGACUUAGCAAUCUGCAAGCAAGAAAUUGACAUAAUGGUUUGUUGAACCAUCUUCCAUACAAAGCUUUUGUGUUUAAUCCUUUAAUUCCCAGACGUGAUUAACAUAAAACUUCUCUCUACAAUAUCCAUACAUUCUUCGGUAAACAGGUAAUGAGAAUAUUCAAACUAAAUCAGAUAGAAGCUGCUAUCUUGAUCUAGCACCAAGUUCUCAUAACUAAUUUAAAAGGAAAUGUGUAGCAGCUACUGGGGAGAAUUAACAAUCAGAUCUUGGGAGUUAAAGGGUUAACUGUGAUCAUUUGAUGUUAAGUGAAUCAAUAGUCCCUACUUCAUAUUUCUCUUUGUUAUCAUCACUCAUCUACCUGAAAAUUUAUGGAUUUUUACAAGGAGAUUCAUUUUGGGUCUUUUUCAGGAAGUGAACAUAGGUGAUAUAAUUCUGUUCUGUGAUUAUCGCAGUUGAAGCUCCAGAAUGCAGACAUCUCUGCUGAGCAUAUAUAUUUCUGUGUUUUGUAACUGACUGUUUACAGGAAUAUAUAUCAAAGAAAUCUGCUUGUAGCAAGUUUUCUUAAAACAUAAUUUUAUCAGAUUGGCUGUAAACAGAGUUACUUAUAGCACGAGUCUCUUUAAGAUUCACUUUGAAUUGAAGAGAUUGUUGAAAAGAAGUCUGAAAGAUUUCAAGUUUCAACAGAAGUCAUACCUAUGCUUCCUACAGAGUAGUUUGGUGCCGCUAACAAUUGAGCCAUAAAGACACACGUUUAUUUUAUUUAUUAUUAAUUUAUUUGAUUUGUUACAAAAAUACAUGACAAUAGAAAUAAUAAUAUUAAGAGAUAAAUAUUGUUUAGGUUGUUCUGUAAAGAGGAAAAAGAGUGGAUUCCUUUAAUGCUGAAUGGUAACAAUAUCCAAGUUUUGCUGCCGUAAUGAAAUAUGAAAUAUGAUGUUAGGAGCAUGACAAAUUUUUAGAUGGUUUUUUGUUGUAGUGGAAAAUCUUGUCUAAUUCACUUGUAUUUCAUUAGCAGGGAAUGAUUAUAAUUAUAAUUGAUUGAAUUCAAUUUGAAUAGUAUGAAAUAUCUGAGGAAUUAUGACUAUCCACUCUUAUCAUAGAAACUUAUGUCUGGCCACAAGAAUGCUAUCACCUACCUUGCCUGCACCAUCAAUCAGAUUUCUCCUGGCAUUUAUGAAGUGCUCAUUUUGAUGGAAUAUUGUAGAGGUAUGCUCUGAAUUAAAGUUUGCCCUCAUGAAGUCAUUAGUGGGUAGUUGUAGAGGAAAAAGUAAUAACUGUGCUUAACUUGCUUUCUUUAAUCCUUUAACUCCCAAGAUUUCAUUUGUAAUUCUCUUUACUGUCUACCAUACAGUUCUUGUGAUGUUAGUUUUGAGAAUUUUAUAUUGGAUCAAUAUAUAAUUCCCUUGAUAUUUUUUUAUUCUUAUUACUUGUAAAGAGAAAUUCUGUCUUGGUCACUCAUGAGAGUUACAGGGUUUAAGAGCUUAGUUAUUUAAUGUAUUGUGCUGUGGGCUUUGCUUACUUUUUUUAUUUUUCCUAGCCCUGGGAAUACAUGCAUAAAAACUUUUUGCACCCCAGUUUGGUGCUCAAAACAGGAGAGACCACUGUUUGUUAUGAUUUGCCCACCCUUGCCCACCCCUCUCACAUGAUCGCCAAAGCAGAGAAGCCCAAAAUCCUGUAGAUGUUUACCAAACAUGUAGCAACAUACAUGGCUGUAAAUAAACCUGCUUCUUGGAUUUCUCUCUCUCUUUUUGUUCCCCUAGAGGGCCAUGUUGUUCAGUUGAUGAAUGAACACAUCAGCUCAGGCUUCAGUGAGUCAUUAGUACUGAAGAUCUUCUCAGAUACGUGUGAAGCAGUUUCCAAGCUGCACCAAGCUGAUCCACCAGUCAUUCACAGAGACCUUAAGGUAAUGUUUUAAAUUGUAUCUAAUAGCCAUUGGAAGAAAACAAACAAGCAAGCAGACAGAAAAUCUUGAAGAAAAUCUAAAGAAUUCAUAAACAAACUCUUUUAUUAAGUCAUCAAACUACACUGUGCUGGUGGUACUUGCAUGUUUUAUGUCUAUUUUUGUUCAAUUGAAGUAUUUUAAUAACAUUUUUCAUUGUCAUAGUGCUUAAUUUGUUUUUUAUGGCAUGUUAUUAGAGAAUAUUUUGAAUUUUGGGUUUAAUUACACUCAUAUGUAGGUACAUUUUACAUGAUGUGCCAAUAGGACUUGCCCUGUUCCUUUCAUGUUUCAAUUUAUGUUUGCUUUGUUUCUAUGGAGUGCAAUGUUAAACCCUUACAUAAAUAUCUUUCUCUCAUCCAUGAUUUUCAGGUUGAGAAUAUUUUAUGCAGUAGUCGUGGUGACUUUGUUUUAUGUGACUAUGGUAGUGCAACCAGAAGAGUUGUCAACCCACAGGUUUGAUGGAGCAAUUUUUGCAUUUCAUAUACUGCUAGUUUCUGUGGCCUUUAGCUUGUCUUUCUUGAGCUGCCUUGAGUGAAAGGAAAGCAAGUAUUGGAGUCUCCAUGUGAAUCUAUUGUCUUGUUUUUAACCAGAUUUGUUUUACUUUUAGCCAAUUUUUAAUAGUGGAACAAGGCACCAUCAAAUUAUUUUUUGUUUAAGAGGGAGUUUUACUGUUUUAUUGUUUUUCCUUGGGAGACUGAGUAUGUUCAAGAUUUGAAUAUCACAAUAAAAUUUAAAUGUAAUUUGAAUCUUAGCUAAGAGGAUAGCAGCAUUUCUUUUUACCUUAGAGUGGUCAAACAUCUCACAAAUUCAAUUGAAAUUUUAUCUUUUUGUUCUUAUCUACUCAGGAGGAAGGUGUCACUAAGGUGGAGGAGGAAAUUCAAAAGUAAGUCAUUAGUUAUCAUGGAUAUUUUAAAGUACUUGUAAUCGCAUUAACUAAGGAAGGAAGAAGAAAAAAAGGUCAAUCUCCCAAGGACACUAUUAUCAUUAACCCUCUACACCCUAACAUCAGUAUGCAUAUUCUCCUAGUGUUCUCUAUACAUUUCCUAAGAUGCUGGCAUGGAGAAUUUGUCUAACAAUCAACAUCUUUGUGGUUGAUCAUUUCCUUUAUUCUUGUGGCCUUAAUAUUUGAUUCAGAGGUGGAUAAAUUAGAUACUAGUCAUUCUAAGGGGUCAGGGUUACAUAUUACACAUGCUCCGGUGCAGGAGAGCAGGAGUCACUGGAAAGCAAUAUCUCCUCACGAUAUUAAUUGUAAUAUUUUCAAGUGGAAGAGUGAUGAAGGGAAAGUAAAAUAUCAACCAGGGAAUAUCAAAUACCUAGAGCUGUAAUUAUAUGAAUUGUCUUGUAGAAGUGUGAAUUCUUGGUGAUGAAUCUUGGGAGGGGAAGGGUUUAUUUCUGGGUACCAUCAGUUGAGAGGAUGUCUUUCCAUUCUGUAAACCAAUCACAGAGCUCUGUUCUGCAAACUCAGUUAAAAUCACUCACAAUCAAGAAGUAUUGAUGUUUUGAGUACAAGCUUUACUAACAGUCUAAAUUUGUGGAAUUUUUUCCUUACACAGUUAUAUUGUUGUUUCAGAGCAGUUUUUUUUUUUUAAUUAUUGGACUAGAUCUUUUAACCCUAUGACGUUAUGGCCAUUUUUGUCUCUAGGUAUACAACUUUAUCUUACCGGGCACCUGAAAUGAUAGAUUUAUACAGUGGCAAAACAAUUUCAACUAAAGCUGAUAUCUGGGUAGGUAUUGUGUUUUUAAACAAGUUAUACAGAGAUUGUUAUUAUAAAUGUUAUAACCAACGCACCGGCGAUAAAUUUAAAAGGAGUUUAUUUCCACGCCACUACCAGUGGUUUCUAAGGGAAGUUUUACGAACAUAGUACAUCAAGAACGGAACGACAAAUUACAAAAUCGGAAAUAACAUAAGAAAUACAAAUAACAAGAAACAUGUAUAACAUUGGCGAUAGUACUAACAUAAGGAACACGGGACACUCGACGAAAGAGCAAUUUACCUGACGAUUUUUGAAUUACGGCUGAAGAACGUACAUGCGAAUACCUUGACGCGAGCUCACACCUUAUUUGCAAGAUCCGCGCGAAAAUUCUAAGUUAAAUAGAAGGCCACGCGGAGUGGGGCUAGGAGGGAGAUUGGUUUCUACAAAUGUCGUGAUUUGUUUUGCUUUGUAUCUCUUUGUAGAACUGUAAUUUGUUUGUCUGUUUGUUUCUUGCUGUUGUUUAUUGAGGUGUAUCAAUCCCAUUUUAAGAUUGCAUCGGGUUACCAAUUGUCAUUUUUUGUUUUUGUUCUUCUGUCAGGCUCUCGGAUGUCUUCUUUACAAGUUGUGUUUUUUUACUUUACCGUUUGGUGAAAGUCCUCUGGCCAUACAAAGUGGUCAGUUCACCUUUCCUGAAAACUCGCGCCAUUCGCCUGAACUUCACAGACUAAUCAGUACGUUUGUUUCCAUAAUUUAUUCCUUUGUUCAUUUUGUUGUGCCCUUGUUCCUUGCUAAGUAGCGUAUUUUUUGCGACUUACACCUGAUUUCCUUUAUGUUUUCAAUUUGAUUUUUUAGGUUACAUUCUUAACCCGGACCCAGACAGUAGACCCGAUAUCUUCCAAGUGUCCCAUGUAGCAUUUAAACUCAGAGGACUUGAGUGCCCUGUUACCAAUACUAAGGUUUGUCUUGUUAUUUCUUAUUUUCUUGCAUCAGCGCUAGUGGUUUUUAGUUGUAGCAAACUUGGAUGCAAAAGUUACUUCGUUUUACUUUCUUUCCAAGACCUAGAUACAAUUAGUCUCCUUCGCUGCCGUUGUUUGGUCUCGUUACUCAACGUGCUCUCUCCCCCACCAGAGAGCGUGUUGCGUGACGAAACCAAAAAAACAGCUACGAAGGAGACCAGGAGACAACACACCAUUUAAUCCAUGGGCUUCAAGCUCAACUCCAUUUAAAUUCGCCAUUAUGCAACCCAAAAUCGUUUAACCCUUUACACCCUGAAAUCAGUCUGCAUAUUCUCCAUACUGUUCUCUACAUGUUUCCAAAGUUGCUGACAAGGAGAAUUUUUUUAACAAUCAAGAGUUUCUUUAGUUGGUGAUCAUUUACUUUAUUCUCGUUACCUUGUUUGACACAGGGGUGAUAUGGUUGGGAGAAACAAGAUGCCAAUCACUUUUAGGGGUCAGAGGGUGAAAGGGCUGCCCGAAAUGAAUUUAAAAAAAAGGAAAAAAAAAGAGAGCGAUUCCCCUCAAAACUGCACUCGUUUGAUAACGACUUGUUCUUUUUGUCUGUUACAGAAUGUAAGAAUACCUGACUCUCUGCCUGAGAUAUCAUCCGAGGGACCGCAGAAGACAGAAAACAUUGGUCGUGUUACUCCAAAAUUAAGGUGAGAAUUGAGCUCGUAUUUAUACAGUUAAUGGAAUUAUGAGCUGUUACAAUAUGCACAGUUCAUAUGGAUGGUAGGUGACCUGUUCUUAUCUGGAGUCAGUUGACAGCUGAUCUAGACGCAAGUGAUAUUUACGUGUGAUCAUUUUUCCAGCUGUUUACCGUUGUCUAUGCCGUUGAUUUAAGAUUAUACUUCGCUAACACCUGGAAUUUAUUCUUUGUUGUAGACGGCCUGAAGGUCCCGUUACCACUUCUCUCGCUCCUCGCCAGCGCCCACGAGCAGGUCAGGGUGCUCAGCAGUUGGCUUCUUCCCAGGCAUCAUCGCAUUUAAGCCACAUCGCCAGUCCUCAGCUAAGCCGCAAGCAAUUCACGCAGGCGCAGAGAGGAACUCUGGAUGUUCAACAUGGUCAUGGCCUGAGUCACAUGGCCAGUCCUAGACAAAACAGAAGGAACAUCUCACAGAAUCAUACAAGGGAACAAGAGAAUUAUGGACCUCAUCUGCAAGCUCAAGGAAAUGUGGGUCAAGUACAGGACCCUAGAAAUAUAGCUCAUGGGGGGCCAGAUAUGGUUGCUGGGCAGCUUAGGGGUGUCCCCCAGGCUUCAACAGUCUUUCAUCAAGGUCGUCAAGCCCAACAGGGUGUAAAUGUGGGCUACCCACAGCAAAUGACAAGGGAGCAAUAUCUACAGCAACAGUACCUGCAGCAACAGCAGUUAGCUCAGCAGCAGUACUUGCAACAACAGCAGCAUCAGCAGCAGAUGUUACUUCGGCAGCAGGAACAUCAAAGACUGCUCCAACAGCAGCAACAACAGCAGCUUCUACAACAGCAGCAGCAACAGCAGCUGGGGCAACAACAGUUGAACUACCAGAGAGAAGUACAACCAGGGCAACCCUACCAUCCUGGUUCACAACAACAGCGACAGCAAAAUGUCACCCAGCAAAUGUAUCACGAUUCUGACCAGUGUCAGCUCAAUCCAUUCUACGAAUACCAGCAGUAUCCAGUUGAGACGGCUUACCAGUGUGACGUUCACGACCAUGGUGCCGUUCAGCCUCAAAUGUCUAUUCAAUCUUCUCAAGGCUCAGAUCAGGGUUCAUCACUUCAUGCCAGACCUGGCAACGGCGAUGCCAGAUUGUUACGCCCACGUUACAUGUCACACAACCGCUCCAGGUCUGAUCCUAAUUUUGCCAUUGGCAGCCAGUCUAAGGUGCAAGUUCAAGCAGCACCCUCAGUUCCUCUCCCAAACGAGAUAAAUUCGCACUAUCGAAGUCCCAGUGACCCAUCUCUGAACCUCGCCAAAGAGAAUGAUCAGUCAGACAUGCCUUUAGUAGAUAUUGAGUCCAACGAGGAAUCCACACCCCACUGGAACCCGUUUAGUCCAUUCUACCAAUCAAAUGAGCAGGAUUUUGUGGCCCCUCCAAGUGAUGUGACUGAUGACGACUUCGCCUCACUCCGGGAGAGUGAUGUGAAGAAAUCUCCCUUGGGUGUUAAUAUCACUUAUCAUCAACCCUACACAGCUAGUCCACAUGCGUCUGAAUUGCAACAAGGAACGGAUUUGUUCGGAGCAACUGCAUUUGGUAGCCACAUGCCGGAGUCCUACCCUCAGAGAGCUACCGGCGAAUUUGCAGAUGGGGAAAAUUCCGCUGCCCAUUUUACGGACGACACCAGUGCUGGCACUGAUCCACAGCAAUACGUUACACACGUUGUCCAAGAUGGUAAUAACCCUUUUCUCCAAGGCUACCGCAGUUCUGAGAUUGAACAACCCCUGAAUUUUAUGGAUCAGGCUUCAAGUGAUAGUGAACCGGAGGAGAGCACCGAGUUGGCUGAGUGCUCACCCCUCUCUCCGGGAUUUUCUGAUCCCUUCGGUGCGGCACCCUUCGUACUUCAGAAAGGUAAACAAGGUCCGCCGGCUUCUCCAGAUGCUUUUGGGGCUGCUCCAUUUUCCCCUCGGGCCCCUUCACAACCGAAAGGCAACAGUGAACAGUUGCUUAAAAAACCUGAAGAUCGCAGCCAGCCUAAUGCUGACUCAUUUGGUUUGUCAAUCCAGUUUGCUUCGAUGCAAGUAGGGACUGUUGCAGGAGGUUCUGUAAAUAGUGUAGUUUCCACUCCUUUUCAUGAUCUAAAUGAAGGCUUUGGAAAGCCUGCGCCAUUCGGGGGAAAUGUUGAGCGCGAUAGCUCUCAAGGAGCCGCUUUUGAGGAUCAAUCGGGCUUAGUAAACCCUGCCGCAGAUGUUAUGGACAAUCUGGAUGACCCAUUUGGUGGGGUUUCAUUCAACGCGAACCCUGCCGUUAGAAGAAGAAACGCUAGGAAACAGCAGGCAUUGAUGAAGGAAGCUCCCGUUUCCGCAGCGAGGAGUGGUGAUCAAGUCCCUCGGGCUCGCCCCAGGCGACUUUUACCACAGACUCCAGACAAGCCUCCUGGAGGAACACGUUCAGUUCAACAGGCCAGGAUGCAAGGCCCUGUAGUUAUUUCUGUAGGCCAACCAUCACAAGGCCCUAAAAAAAUCUGAUCCAAAUUCGACAAGAGAUAGCUCGGCGUAUGCUGCAACAUGAUCAUUUACACCUACUGUGCAUAGGGCUGAUGAGAGAACACACUAAAACGAGCAUUGAGCUAAUGGGAUUGUUUGAAGUACUUGAGGUGUAACACUGUAUGAUGUACUGUGCGUUUCAGUGGAAAGGGAUGACUUAUUUUCGUCGGACAAACCAGUUGUUUUCAGGAAGUGAAAUUAGAAUUUACGAUUGUGCAAUUCACGUCCAUCACUUAUAAGUUUCAAACAGGGUUUAGAGAUAUUAGAUUGGCGGCAGUUAAAAUAAGUUUUAUACAUGCAAGUUGGACCAAUGUGCUCUAAAUCUUGCAUUUUAUUGUUGUAGCGUUUGCUUUCUUCUACGCGCUUUUCAUGUGCUAGCGGAUUUUGAUUCUUAUAAAGCAAACCAGGAAUAACAAAAAGACGAGCCGUUUACAACGAGAUUGUUGUCAAGGUACACAUUGCAUUCAUGUGAUGUUCUGCCAGCUUUUACCAAAAUUUUAUCAAUUUUUCCAGUUAGAGCGAAUUUCGAUCGAGGUUCGUAGAACCAAAACUGAAGUAAUCACUAAGGCCAAUCAGAAGAGAGGUAACGAUCUCGAGGCGCCUAAAAGAACUAAAAUGGAAACAAGCCAUCCUCCGAAGCGCGUGAAAUCGCAAGCGAAUAAGUUGUGAUUGGGUUUAGUUUUGAGUUGAAUCAUUCGAGAGGAUGGCGAAAAUUUUGAGACCAAUCACAGACUAGAGAAAGGAAAAACCUAUGCAAUCCCGGAUCGCUUUCCACACGUGUUUGAAAAUUGCUCUGAGUGCUAUUUCAUCGUUUUAAAGAACGUACGGGAAGUAUAGACUGUUUUGGUACAACUUGAGGUCGACUGAACUGAUAUUUUAUGUGAUUCGGUUGUUUCAGAAUAGGCUAGCUUUAAGUUGAAACAGUCUGUUCCUGUGCCGGCCCACAGUGUCUGCAUUGUCUUCCACUAACAGGAAUGAAACCUUAUUUUCGUGUACGUGGGAAUUGUAGCAGCCGUUGUUUGAUCGCGGGACCCGUCGCGUGGCAAAGAAAUAUGCUUCUUGAAGUGACUAAGCAACGGCUGCAAAGAUGAGUAAAGUGCUUGAAUCCUUGCCGUUACACCAAGGUCACGUUUCUCUUUUUGGACGUGUUAAUUCGGCAUUUGAAGUACGUUAGGCGUUUUGUAAAUAGAUGUUAGAAGAUAUACCAGGGUGGAGAUGAAAUUGCAAGGCGCUAUCAAUAAAUCUUCUUUUAAUUUUCUUACUUGAAUCUUGCAAAAAUUAAUCCAGAAAAAGUGGCGUAAUAUAUUAAACUAAUUUUUCCGAUGUCUUAUGUCUACUGUUUGUAACCUUGCAAGCCAGGGGUCUACUGAAACGAAUUUUUGAAUAGAUGUUGCCAGCAUUAUUCUUGCUAG